AUGGAAUCCGACCCCAAUGCGCUUUAUCUGACUUCCAACCUGCCCGACAGAUGUAUUCGCUUUCCCGAUGAAAAGCGCCUCUGGUGCCAUUUUGUCGAUGUCACGUGUCAUAUGUUGACCUUGCCAUUCGACGCAAGUCAUGACCCUAUCAUGUCGGGUAUCAUAUCCAAGGGUCUACAUGACACGCUGGUUUUGAACGCCAUCUUGUGCUUGGGAGCAUCACAUCUGAUCAAUCCAAUGCGACCAGAAGCCCCCGAAGUGCAAGCCCUGACAAAAAGCAAACAAUGUCUCCUGAGAAAAGCUCAAGAAGAACUCUCAACGAGGGCCUCUGCCCUACAAUCGAACAAGCUAACAGCGCACAACAAUGCUGAAUUCGAGAUAUUGCUUACAGCUUACCUUUUACUGUAUCUAUACGAGCUUUCAGAAGGUGCAGGUGACGACUCGUGGGAGACUCGACUAGAUGAUACAAGGACCUUUGUGUAUGGCGUGCUUGGGAGACAUCGCACGAGCGAAUCAGGUUCCCGAUCGCUAUCAGAUGAUGAGAUUCAGACACCUUUCAAUGAAGAUUUUGAAUUCCUAGGAAUCGAUAAAUUUCUGAUGCAAUUCUUCUCAUACCAUGAUAUUCUUGGUAAUGUGACCAGCGGCAACAAAUUCCUGAGUCAAAGAUACAGUCCAGCAUCCCUGCUCGCUUGGGAGACGGAUUAUUUUGAAUACGAGCAUAUGCUAGGAAUGCACCAUGGACUGGUUGAGAUCAUUUCGCACGUUCACACCCUUCAAUUGGAUACUUCGAAUGCUGCAUUUCCUAGGCAUAUUGUUAUAACUCGAGCUGUUGAUAUUUGGCAGGAUGUCAAUGAGUGGGCGAUCCCUGAGUCGGACUUGGAUCUCCGCCACAUAUACGAUGCUUACAUUGCUGCUAUCUCUAUUUGGAUCUUGUCUAUCAUAUAUCCUGGCGAUGUUGCAAAGGACAAGGUCCAGACCAUGGUCUCGAGAGGUAUCGCCAGCCUGACUUCAAUGGAAGGAUAUUCGUUCCAAAUUGUUUCACUUUUGCCAUUUUUUGUUAUUGGAUUGGGGUGCAUUCGUCAGCAGGAUAGAGAGGCGCUUGAGGCGCAGCUUAGAAGAUGUGAGAUGACUCGAUGCUUAGGAUAUAUUAGAUUAUGUCGGACGAAGAUUCGAAAGGUAUGGCAAGAUUACGAUGGGGGAAUCAAUAGAUCAUGGAAUUGGGAAUGCAUAUCGCAGGAUGGAAGUCUGCCACUCGUUUGA